AUGGUAAAUGUGUCUAGACUAGCCCUUAUAUUUGGGCUUUGUGGACUUGUACACGCUGCUUUCUCAGCUGCACAGCAUCGUUCAUAUAUUCGUCUAACUGAUCAGGAGUAUAUCUCGUUACCGACAGACAUUGUUGUUCAGAUAUUUAUCUCAUUCAUUGCUGUGUGCGUAGGAGUUGUUGGUCUUUCUGGAACUUUAAAGGAAAUAGAAGCCGCCUCAGAAUUUAGAGAGAAAACUUGGGAUUCACUUGGAAAUCAUCCAUCAUUCUAUAUCUUCCAUCACCGCAGACUCCCUUGUUUGUCACAAACUACUCAUUAG